AUGUUGGUUCUCAAAUUUGUGUGUCUGCUAGCCUCUGUCGCCGCUGCAAAGCCAACUUCGUGGUCGUCACACAAGGUCGUCGAACACCUUGAAUCUGCCCCAGAAGGAUGGCGGAUAGUUGGUGCAGCAGAUCCAGCUGCUGUCAUUGAUUUCUGGCUGGCCAUCGAACGCGAAAACCCAGAGCAACUCUAUGACACCAUCUAUGACGUUUCCACCCCCGGGCGUGCACGUUAUGGCAAGCAUUUGAAGCGUGAAGAAUUGGAUGAUUUGCUGCGUCCAAGAGUAGAGACAAGUGAAGGGAUUAUCAGCUGGCUCACCAACGGCGGAGUCAAGCCCCAGGGUAUUCGUGACGAAGGGGAUUGGAUCAGGUUCUCGACAGACGUUAAGACUGCCGAACAGCUGAUGAAGACUCAAUUCCAUGUUUUCAAGGACGACGUGAGCUCUGUGUCGAGAAUCAGAACUUUGGAGUAUUCCGUCCCUGCCUCCAUUUCUUCUCAUGUCCAAAUGAUCCAGCCGACGACCUUGUUUGGAAGACAAAAGCCUCAGAACAGUUUGAUCCUCAGCCCGUUGACGACUGAUCUUGAAGCGAUGUCAGAGGAAGAAUUUUCCGCUUCCAACUGCAGAUCUCUAGUAACAACUGCCUGCCUUCGAGAAUUAUACGGUCUAGGUGACCGUGUUACUCAGGCCAGAGACGACAACCGAAUCGGUGUCUCGGGCUUCUUGGAGGAAUACGCCCAAUACCGUGAUCUUGACCUCUUCCUCUCUCGCUUUGAGCCAUCCGCCAAAGGUUUCAACUUCAGCGAAGGGUUAAUUGCUGGCGGCAAGAACACUCAGGGUGGCCCAGGUAGCUCAACAGAGGCCAACUUGGACAUGCAGUAUGUGGUUGGUCUUUCUCACAAGGCAAAGGUGACCUAUUACUCUACUGCUGGCCGUGGCCCAUUGAUACCUGACCUAUCCCAGCCAGACCAGGCUUCAAACGACAAUGAGCCAUACCUUGAACAGCUGCGCUACCUUGUGAAGCUCCCCAAGAACCAACUUCCAUCCGUGUUGUCAACUUCAUACGGAGACACUGAGCAAAGUUUGCCAGCUAGCUACACCAAAGCUACGUGUGACCUUUUCGCACAGCUAGGAACCAUGGGUGUUUCCGUUAUCUUCAGCAGUGGUGAUACUGGCCCCGGCAGCUCUUGCCAGACCAACGACGGCAAGAACUCGACUCGCUUUAACCCCAUUUACCCAGCUUCAUGCCCCUUUGUGACCUCAAUCGGUGGAACAGUUGGCACUGAACCCGAGCGUGCGGUUUCGUUCUCUUCCGGCGGUUUCUCGGACAGAUUCCCUCGUCCACAAUACCAGGAUAACGCCGUCAAGGGCUAUCUCAAGAUUUUAGGUAACCAAUGGAGCGGAUUGUUCAACCCCAACGGCCGAGCUUUCCCAGAUAUUGCUGCUCAGGGUUCAAACUAUGCUGUGUAUGAUAAGGGCCGGAUGACCGGAGUUUCGGGUACCAGUGCAUCUGCUCCCGCAAUGGCAGCCAUCAUCGCCCAGCUAAACGACUUCCGACUGGCAAAGGGCUCUCCUGUGCUCGGGUUCCUGAACCCGUGGAUCUACUCUAAGGGUUUCUCUGGCUUUACUGAUAUUGUUGAUGGUGGUUCCAGAGGUUGUACCGGCUACGAUAUUUACAGCGGCUUGAAAGCAAAGAGAGUGCCAUAUGCAAGCUGGAAUGCAACCAAGGGAUGGGAUCCAGUGACUGGAUUCGGUACCCCCAACUUCCAAGCUCUAACCAAGGUGUUGCCCUGA